CAUCAUCGGCAAGUGACUUCAUCGGAGCUAAAUUGACUGAAUAUGUGGUCAACCAGAUAUGCGAACGGAAAGGAGGAAUCGAGUCACUUGCCCUUACUACCUGGUAAAUGGAAGGCGACAAGUAUACCUGACAUAUAGGAGUACUUGGAUUAGCGAUCUAUCAAAGCAUGGCUUCCAAAAGGGAACCGCAAUACCAGGAACGGUGCGCACACCAAACAAUACAAGGUUGUCAGUUGCUCCCGCAUUGUAAGUAUUA